AUGUUGCUCACUCUUGAGCUCUUCCCUGGCCAGGGCUUGGGGAAUUUCACCCUUGGCAUGCCCCUUUAUGAAGCGGUAAAUCUGAUCAGGAAGAAGAGAAGUGACUUCUCUUGCGUGGAAGUCAAGUACGCAACUCAGGCAUUGUUCGAUCAGGACAUCGUGAUCAACUUUCCUGAGCAUGGAAUGCACCUGCGCUUUGAGCCUCGGAGCCAGCGGCUAAGGCUGGUGGAAGUCUAUGACGUCUCAAGACUCCAGGCAAGCUCACCUCUUGCUGUCACGGGAGGUGCCUCUCACCCGUCCACAUUUGUCCGGGUCUACGACAUAUUUGGGCCCACAUAUCCCGGGGAAUAUGACGAGCACAACAGGAUGUACUCGCUCCACUACCCUGGGGUUGUCUUCCUGUUCCCCAUCCCAGAGCAGCAUGCUGAGCGCUGCAGCGAGAGCCACAUCGAGCUCCCACUGGAAUUUCCCGAUGGCAGCACGCCCCUCGCUGCGCGAAUCUGCGUGCAUGCAGCAGCCGAAGCAACGGCACAACUAAUAACAAUGGCUGCGCCGCCCCCGCUGCCAGCAGACAGCCUCUACUUCGAGGUUGUGGAGGCGCGCUUGAGGCAAGGACUGCAUUUUAGACGUGGGGGCCAGACAGUACGCUUUGGCGAUUCGCCACAGGAUAUUUGGUCAGAGCUGGGCCCUCCCUCGGGCACCUCGGCGAAAAGAAUGGACACAAUGCUAAUUCACAUGAAGCAGGCUCCUGUGACGGGGGCUGAUUAUUUCUACAGUUACCACAGCAGGGGCCUUGACAUUCUCUUCAGUGGGAAGACGCACACAGUCAGGAAAUUUGUGCUGCACACAAACGUGCCUGGUCACCCUGACUUCAACGUGUACGCCAAAUGCAAUUUCACGCUCCAGCAGAUGCCAGAGCCACAGGCAGGUGCCAGCAGAGGGCCGACCAUCACUGCGGACAGCACCUGGGACGAGGUGCAGCAGGUGCUCGGGGACGGCGGCAGGGCCACGAUUCACUCCAGGGGCUUUGCGUCAAACCCCUUCGGUCCGACCCUGGUAUAUGGCUACCGCGGCGUUGCCUUUGAGGCCCUGAAGAACGGGCACCUGGCAGGGCUCACGCUGUUCCAGGCCUGA